CAACGGUUGGAAAUCAGGCCUUUUUUUUCCUUUUUCUUUCGCUUCUGUAUCUCAAUUCAUCUUUUUCCUUCUAAUUUUUUUUAGUUUGCUGGCUGUGUUUUUUUUUCCACCUCAGAUUCUUUAAUUUUGCUGGUGUUUGUUACUUUUUUUUUUUAUUUCAUCCUAAAAUCUCUUUGGGUUGGUUUUCCAUCUUUUCAUAUCUCGGGUAUCCAAGGCGUCGAUAGCGGUCGAUCACAUAUCAUGGAGCAAGCAGUGCUAAGUUGGUGGCAUGUCUUGGAAGCGUCGACAUUCGUAUUCAUUGCAGCGGCUAUCAGCAUGAUGCUCGGGAUGCGAAUCGAACUUUCUCUAAUCAUCUCUGGUUUACGAUGCGUAGUGCAAUUAUCGUUGAUGGGAUAUGUAUUGGACGAUGUUUUGCAGGCCGACAAUGUGGGGGUGGUGAUGUUAAUGACGCUGGUGCUGGUUGUCUUGGGCACGUAUGAAAUGGUGUUUAACCGAACCAAAAAGACCUUCAAGGGCAUGUUCCCCUUGAUGUUUGUCAUUCUGUUCAUUAGCAAUUGUUUUGUGGGUUAUCUAGGCUCAGCUUUUGCGUUGAUGGAAAAACCGUUUUGGACGCCCGUGAAAUUUAUUCCGAUUAUCGGUAUGCUUUUAGGCAAUUCCAUGAGCAGCAUUGCCAUGGCCACCGAGACUUGCCUUGAUCAUGUGAGUACCCAUGCUCCUCUUUUAGAAACCCGGUUAGCGUACGGUGCUACGCGGUACGAGGCGACGCUGCCCCUGGCUGUGGACUCUAUCCGCAUGUCGUUGCUACCUAUUAUCACCCAACUCAGUGUGAUGGGCAUGAUCAACAUUCCCGGUAUGAUGACGGGUCAACUUAUGGCCGGCACGCCCAUGAUGCAAGCCGUCAUUUAUCAGCAAGUUAUCAUGUUCAUGGUCGCGGCCAGCAGUGUAUUUGGUGUGGUGAUGGCAGUGGUUGCUUGUAUGAUGAUUUUGGUGGAUAAGCAACAAAUUUUACGAGACGAUCGAAUUCUGGACAAUAAGCCUAUUAUCCGAUCCGCUUCGGUCGUCAAACUCGCCAGUAAAAUUCAACAUUUGAGUUGCUACUCCUGUUUCAGCCGCCGUCGCCACCACGACUCUAGUCACGGUAACUACGAGGUGGUAGAAAUGAAAUGAAAAACCUCGGUUUCACAUAUUCAUCCCUUUGCAUAUUUUGCGUAUCUCAUUUGUAUGAUUCCCCGUUUUUGCUUGUACUUAUAUAGACACUGUUACAUAUCCUAUUCUUGUUGCCAUUAUUUUAUACCUUUUUGUAUUUCUGUUGUUUAUCGUCCUGAUUAAAAAAAAUACAGACUUUGAUACAGUAUACUCGUACCUAC